AAUUCAUCUGUCAAAACACGACAAUGUUUGCAAUUGCUUCGAAUUCUAUUGGUGCUGUCAUCAUCCGGACAGUGUUGUUCGCCAAAUUGGUAACAUCGCUGUCAACCACCACUAAUCGGAGCCAUUUGACAGAUGGUGCAAUGCGUUGCUACAGUUGCACUUCUACCGAAGAGGGUAGCCAAUGCCAGACGAACCCCUCCACCUUACCUCAUGGAAUAUUAGAUGGCUGCACGCGGGAAGCUUGCACGAUCGUGAGAGUAGAACAAUGGCCAUCUCAGCGUGUCAAGAGUUUCUAUCGUGGAUGUGACGGGCGGACCAAAGUAUUUGAGCAGAACAAAUGCCAAAUCGAAAAGGAUGAAAGGACGUGCUUUACGGCUUGCGUGGGCGAUUUAUGCAACCACGGAAACGGCUUGGUCGACCACAUUGUUCAUUCAGGAUCGAUCCUUACCGGAUCCAAAGCUGACGGCUGGGUCUUAACGGUGACAACCGCUGUUCUCCUCGUUUUCUCCGCUAUAUUAUUAUCCGAAAAUCUGGGACAUCACCAAUGAAGAUCCUGGACGAGAGCACAAAGAAGUCUAAAUGGAAACACUCAAUCACGUUGUGCUAUGCCCAAAACAAUAAAACUGAGAGUAAAGAGAUUCGCCAUCCAUCUUUAUUUGAUAGAUAACUGCACUUCUCAUUGGUGAAAAAAAAAGAAAAACAGCCAACUCGAUCUCUGUUCAUUCUAAAAGGCGAAUAGAAUUUUAAGGAUCGAUACGAGCCGAUCUUACUCGACGAUAAAUGGAACAGCUUGUUCCCGCAGUGCUGUUGAACUUUUGGCGAUCCCAGUUUCUCAGACUGGAGAUGACGCUGCGAAAACUUUCAUUUAUAUACAACACAAAGGCAACAAAGGGAGUGCUGUACCCAGAUGGCGAUCAUAAAUGAAGGAAUAGGAGAAAGAGUUUACUGCUUGCCAAAAUAACAAACAAUGCAAGGCACUUCAGACAGAUUGCAAGUUGGUUCCGCGAAAGUUAAAUAUGAGCUUUAUAAUUGAAUCGCAGAUUGUUCCGCGGCGAAAGCAAGACGACAAGAAACGCCAUGUUUAUUUUUGAUUCGGCAAAACGCUUGUGUAGUUUACAGGAUAUAUUCGUGUUUAUUGUUUAUGAGUAUACCUACUCUAUUUGAUAUUUGAUCAAAGAAUCUAUUAUGAAGCUUGCCGUGCCAAACGUCUAUUAACAUUUCAAAUGCUAUGGCAACGUCACAGAACAGUGUGUUUGCACACGAAUAACUCAUUAAAAAUGGUCGCUUGAAGGAAUUGGCAAGCUGCUUCAAACAGCUUCUCCUGGUACCCCUAAACAAAGAAAAAGAAACCGAUGGAUACCAAUAUAAAGAUGCAAAUGCCAAGUGAUGUCCUUGCUCGUUGGGUGUACAGACAGCGUCCCAUCAUGAAGUCAAUGACCUUUUCCAAACGUCGAUGGACACAGUAACGAAACUUUUGGGUACAAAUGCACACACACAUGUCCCCCAUAAACUUUUCCCUUGACAACUAGAUGCCAAUUGCUGGACUAAAUGAUUUUGUACAAAGUUCAUUUUUCUCCGAUUUUCCCCAUGUGGUUGUAGUACUACUAUACGAUAGAAAAACAUUUUAUCGUUAACUUUUUUAUCCAGAGUUAUUGAGAACAUAUUUUGUCAUAUCAAUAAUUUGUUGUUUAAUUAAAUGAAAUCACAGUUCAAAGUCUUGGCUGCAUCCUGCGAAGCUCGUCACGAGCUUGAACUGUGGAAACCUUGAACUCAACGGCUGAACGAACAAGCGAGCGGCCAUUGAAAUGUUGCUUGCGGCCAGGUGCUGCAUAUGUUGCUGAUAUGGUUAGUAUACUGGUUUGGUCGUACCUUUCUUACUUCCGCAUCUCCACGCCUUAUUAGAAGCACUGAAGGACACUAUACUCCACACACAUAAUACCUGCAUCAGUAAAAUUAUCGGAGUUAAAAGAUUUGGAAUGAGUCCAAAAGUCUAUUUGUGAACAUUGUCAAUGGAAAAAUUGAGGGCCGUUGAGGGCCCCGCGACAGUUAACGUACCAAGGUACAUAAACUUGCAUGGUGACGUAGAUCUCUGACUGCGUGUGGAAUGUCGUGAAGGUCACGCAAAACCCACGAAAGGAAACCGAUUAGGCUGGUAUUUUACUGCUGUGGAAGUUACCGGCCUCAAUUUAAGUAGGUUUACUCUGAAGGAUUUUUAUCGAAUAGAAAGUUACUGCAAUUUUCCAUCUGCUCGACUGCGUGCGAUUACUGUAUGCUUUUUUUUUAACGGUCUUCGGUUGACCGCUAAAAUUUAUAUUUACAUCUGACCGAACCGGUACCGUUUUUUAUGUUGUGUGGCUGAAAGUUUUUCCCGCUAGAUGACAAUGGUGUGCAUGCUGUUAUCAAGGAUCCCGGCACUCUGGUUUGUUGUUGGCUGAAGAUCACACCACACCGAAGAAAACGUGAAAUUCUGUACGAGUCUCUCUCUCUCGGUCUUCUUGUGAAGACGUUGCAUGAGGGGCGUAACGUGAGGAAUACGUUAUUUCUUUAAAGUGAAACAAUUCUCCCCAACAA